UCUCCAACCUCAUGUCAAGUGUGCAGCAGCAACAGUGGUGAAGUGGUGAUUUCAAUUCUGUACGUAAUCCUGAUCGAUCUCGCGCGCCAAACCGGUGCGCCUCCGUCUUCUGCUUCUCACUGUCGCAGCACAUCGCAAGGCUAAAGAUCACCAUGCCCAGCACUUUGGCUCGUGUCGCAGUGCUGUUCGCCGCGGGCUUCACAGCGGCGGCGGCGCUGGCCUCGGCCACGACGUUCAUCGUCGGCGACGACCAGGGCUGGACGAUCGGCGUCGACUACAUCGCCUGGGUCAGAGGCAAGACGUUCAAGGUUGGAGACAAACUAGUGUUCGACUACCCGAGCGCGGAGCACGCGGUGACGGAGGUGGGGAAGAACGACUACUUCGCCUGCGCCGGCGGCAGCGCACUGAGCAACGACCGCAGCGGCUCGACCAACGUCACGCUCACGGGCCCCGGCACGCGCUACUUCAUCUGCAACAUCCCAGGACACUGCACCAUCGGCAUGAGGCUCGCCGUCACCAUCGCCGGGGACGGCUCGCCCCCGGUCGUCACUCCGACUGCCACCGCCACGGGCUCCAGGAUCCGGCCAAGGAUGGGGCCCGUCGGCGUCGCUGCGGCCGCGGGGGCUAUGAUCAAACUCGCGUUGUAAUAAAAUAGAAGUCGGCGUUGUUCAUCAUAUUUUCCUUUCUGUUUUGUCAUACCAUUUGUCUCGUCAUACUUA